AUGGCCUUGUUGCUAGGUGCCAGGUUCACUGACUUGACCAGACCCUUUCCUCGCGAAGACCAAUACGGUGAUGGCCGCGGUCAAUCCUACCGCCCUCCUCGUUCCCCUGUACCCCGAUCAGACACAUACCGCGCUCCUCGCUCUCCGCCAAGAGGAAACGCAUACGUCGAUUCUUACCGCGCCCCACCAAGAAAUCGCAGCCGCUCACCAUUGCCAUUCCGUCGUCGAUCACGAAGCCCUCCGCCCUUCCGGCCAAGAGAUGGAGGCGAUUCUUAUAGAGGAAGAGCUCGUUCACCACCACCUAGAAGGGGUGGCUUCAUGAGGNAUGAAAGCUACCGUCCACCUCCUGCUUCUCGCUUCCACAGAGACACACUACCAUACAACACCCGCUCGCCAGUACGUGUGCCUCGCGAUCGUUCUCCUCUCCCUCUGAAGCGCGGUCGUGACGUUUCACCUGCUGGUAGCNCGCGGCAGAAGAUCACCUCCCCGGCCAAGCGGGAGAGACUAGAUUCGCCGCCUCGCUCAAGAUACAAUGCAUACCCUCCUUCAAGAGACGUUAGCCCCGGGCCUGGACGUGACAGACGAGAGAUGCGCUUGACGCCUCCUCGUGGUGUCACCCGUGGAUAUCGUCUCCUGUCUCGCUCGCCAAUGCAACACAAUGAAAACAUCAACCCUCGCAAGGUUGAUUGGAGACGUCGUUCGCCAUCACCACCAAGACCCCGCCCUGAUCUCAUUUCGAAUGAACACUCCGGCGCUGCUAGUGUUACCAGCUCGAGACGCUCAUCUCCGCCAAUUCAUCCCAGUAGACUCGCUGCCAUCGAUCCCUUGCCCAAAGAAGAUUUGUUCGCCAACCGCGCUCCUCGCCCUAUCUCGCCAGCUCCUGCCCCGCAGAGAUCACCUAUUGUUUCUCGACCCCGUUCGCCCAUUCCCGCACGACCUAGAUCGCCCAUACCCUCCAGACCAAGAUCACCAGUCGCACCUCUAGCAGAUGUCCGCUCACCUGUUCUUAAGCGCGAACCCACACCUCCUCGUGAGCGUGAGAUCCCUACUGGUCCAGCUAUUCGUGCUCCUCCAACAGGUCCUGCAAGACAAGACGAAGCACCGCAAGUAAGAGCGCCGCCAACAGGACCUUGCGCUUCCAGAUCAUACUCUCAAGCUGCUGGUGACGUCCCUAUUCCUACUGGGCCCCGAAUGAGAGCCAACUCACCUCCCACACACCCAAGAGGAGGCAUAAUGUCAAGAGGAGGGUUCUCUCGAGAGUUCCGAGACUUUGGCUCACGUGGAGACUAUCAUGGACCGCGUGGAAGAGGAGGACUUUAUGGAGGACCAUCAUACCGUGGAGGCCGUGGCGGCGGCUAUGCUACACAACAUAAUAGAGAGCCGGAGUUUGCCUCGGCACCGCCAUCAGGUCCUCGUGGCUCAAUCAGUACACACGCUCCCNCACCUCCUUUCAGAGGUGGCGCGCACACUUCAGGCACAUACCCACGCACCACACGCUUUGCGUCAAACGGAGCACCACUGCCUUCCGGACCCAAAGCAGACAUAGUCAUGGGCGGCAUGGGCGAAUUUGACAGAGGACCCAAACCUGGCAAUGCCUACCUGGCAGACCUGCCUCGGGUCGUUGACGGCGGAGUCAAAGCACCCGAACUCUACGACAGAGGACGUCUGAACAAGCUAGAGGAUGAGGCAGAGAAGCUGCGACAAGUCAUAGAAGACAAGCAAGCACGUAAGCGCAAAGGAUUAAAAGAGUGGGCCAAGCUCAGCCGCGAGAGCGAGACUGCGAGUUUUAGAGCGCAACUAGCCGAUGAGAACGUGAGAGCGCUUGCUGGAGAGGCUGAUGGCGGCGCUGCAUUUUAG